AUGUAUGAGAAAAGAGUCGAUGUCUUUUCAGGAAGACCAAUUAGUUCAUCACCUAUAUCUGAAGAAAAUGAAAGUAACUUUGAAGAUAGAGUUUUUUCAUCAGAUGAAAUAAUCUGGGCAAGUACUAGUGAAAGUGAAUAUCAAGUAAGUCAUUUUAGUGAAAGGCAUAUACAGUCUUCAGGUGGCUCUAUCCCAUCUUUGUCAUUAUUUCAUUCAGAAGUAAAGGAAGUUUUUCUAAGCCAGAGUGAGUAUUCAGAAAAUGAAUAUGACACAAUACAAUUUUCAUCAAAGGAAUUAUUUUCAAUAAUGAAAACCAACAAAAAUAAAAAUUUAAGAUUGUCUUCUGACCUUAACUUUUCAAGAAUUCCUAGAUUCACUGCAGAAAAUGAAGAUCUAGAUGUGGCACCAUGCCAUCCUGUCAAUUUCAGUCUUUCUAGAGACCAAGUUAGGCUUUUGAAAGAAACUCUGAGAAGUCAAAUUCCUUUAAAAUCCAAAGCUGUGUUAGAAAGUAAAACUCCUUAUCUGUACUCAAGCUCUCGAGAGUCCUGGUUUCAGAAUCAACAUUCCAGAAGAAUGGAUAUUGCUGCCCAGGCACAAGAUUCUUUUUCAGCACAAAAUGCUAUUCAGAAUCAAGGUUUUUUUAAAGCCCAGUUUACAAGUGAAAUCCAACAAUUUGUUCACAAUGAAGAGUCGAUCAACAGCCAGCCUAUCAAGGCUCAGCCUCAAGAUUUGAUGAGGAAACCAUUUUUCAGCAGCACACAAGAGUCCUUCCUGGCCCAAGAUAUGGAUAGGAGCCAACAUUUGGUCCAAAUCCCAUAUUCUGUUGAGACUCAAGAGUCAAUCAAGAGCCUAGAGUCCGAUAAAAAACAUUUAGAUGAGGCCCAAUAUUCUGUUUGGUUUGAAGAUUCAAAUAGCAAUAAAUAUUCAAUCGAGGGGCAAAAUACUAUUCUUAAGAAUGCUGAAUUUCUAGUUUUAACUCAAAGUCCAAAUUCAGUUGCUGAAGGAACACCACACCUCAAAAGUAUAAAGCCAAAGAAGCAGCAACAAAUUGCUUCAUCAAAAUUAAACCAGUAUUCUGCAUAUAGCUCAGUGCCUCUUUUACAUACCAUUAAGAGACAGAAAAACAGAAGGAAAACAUCCAAAAGUAAAAUUAAACUCAGUCACAAAGUUCCAUCUCUAAAGGCAAAGAAAACACCAGUUUCACAGGUAUUUCAAAUCAUAGUACAGCAACGGAAAGGCACAUUGGGUAUAGCUUUCCAUCCUAUUUGUGUUUCCAAGCUUGUUCCUCCUUACAUUGAAAAAUAUUCCAGAAAAAAACUAGGGAAAGUCAUGCUAGGUUUAACAAAAUGUACAUGUUUUCUGUGGAAACAAAGUAAGUCAGAGGAAAUCAAUGGUGCAGUUUCUAUUGAGGAGAGAAGAACUUCAGAUAUUAUUAAAAAUAUACAACAGAAUGACAGAGAAAAUAAAGGACUAAAAAACAUCUCAUCAAAAGUUCUACCUCAGCUUGAACCACCUUUCAAAGUCAACACUUAUAAACUAAAAGCACCCUGUUAUUCAUUAAUAGAAACAAACCAGAAGAGUAAAGAAUCUCCUAAAGACCUAAUUACUCAAUCAAAGGACAUUGGUAUUGAAGAGUAUCAUGCCCCAUAUAGUAAAAAAACAUUUGAUCUGCAUAUUCCAAAGCAUGAAGCACCUUUAAAAGAAGCUAUAUCAGAACCUAUGCAGAAAUUUGUUUCCUCUUCCAAAAUGGAGUUGAACAGAGAAAUGAAAAUAUGGGAGGACCUAAAAAAUACAAAGAAUUCCCUUAAUCAGCUUUCACAAGAAGAGAAGUUACUAACUAGUACACCAAAAAUGCAAAGGUACUUUCCAAAAGAAAAUGCACAAAAACAAAAAGAUUUUCUGGAAAUUGCUCUGGAGUCUUCAGAUAUCAAUUUGCUCAUUUCAUUAAGAACAAAAAGGCAUAAAAGCAGUGAAAAAUUAGGAGAAAAAAUUCAAGUGAAUACAGAAGACACACCUCUGAAGGAAAAAAAACCAUUAAUACUUAAUACAGAAAAUGGUAACCUAAGUCAAAGUGAGGAACUAGAAUGCAACAUUGGAAACAAUGUAAAAAAUAUGCAUCAAGAUAAAAAAUUGUCAGAUGCAUUUCAGAAUGUCACUGACACUACCAUUUCUGAACCACCUGAUAAGGAAAUACAUAACAGAUUAAAAUCUGAGACAGAUACAUCGAGUAUAAUAAGGCUCAGUCAUACAACAGUAAAGCAAGAGAAAUUGCCAGAUGAAGAGAAAAUAUGGAAUUUAAAAUAUGUUGAUGAGAGAUGUAUAUUAAACAUUUUAAAAAGUCAACAGCAAUGUGAUGAAGAGGAAGAGGAACAAGAAGCUUUACAAGAAGCAGUUCCACAGCUGACACAAGAUUUUAGGUUCAGCAUACAUCUAAAACAGAAGACCAAACAUGUCAACAUUGAAAUAAAACAGAGCAGUCCAGGAAAUAGAAAAACUGAAAAUAAAGAGCAAGAAAUACAACCACAAACUCCUUUUACACCAACUAUUUUGGAGACUACUCUGUGCCCCAAUAUGGAUCCAUUUCAAGCUGAGAAUGUGAAGCAAAGCACAAGCAGAAAUACAGACAGAGAAUGUACUUCAGAUGGAAAGAAUACAUUUACAACGCCAGAGAAUUUACCAGUUGGUGAACUUUCAACAACAGUGUGUGGCAUACCAUUUGGGGGACAGUCCAAAAAGAUACUGGGUGGUCAUAUUACAAAAGGAAACAAAGACUUAAAAGGAGUUUUACCUGCAGUUUCCCUAGGUUCUCUUAAUAUCUACAUGCUUACUUCAUCAUAUUUUAAAAGGCAAAAAAUCAGAAAAAAAUUAUCAGGAAGAAAAUAUGUACUCCAUCUCAAACAGGUAACUAUAAAAGUAAAGUAUAUGACAAUUUCACUGAUGCAUUGUAUCAAUGGACAUAGUACUGCAAGUCAUAGAAAAAAAUCAGAAUGCAAUUUUAAAACCAUAAUUAAACAGCUACUACAAGGUAAAAUUGGGGCAGAUGUACUUCUGAAUGUUAUUUACCCUCACAGGUGUAUUUUGCCUAAUAUGAGAAAGCGUAACAGGUUAAAUGCAGAGAAUCACAGUCACACCAAGCUAAAGCAAGAGAAAACACAAGUAGAAAGGGAAGAAAGGUGUUCAGAUUCCAUUAAUAAGAGAAAUGUCUCUAGAAACACACUAGAAGUUAAAUUGCAAGGUGAAACAAUAAAAGAAACACUGCAACCAACCCCAUUCACAAAAACUCUUAUGGUGUGUUCUUACACCCCCAUAAUAGAUCCAUUUCAUGUUGAGACUAUGAAGAAAAGCCUAACAACACAAACAGACUUAAAAUGCACUGCAGAUUCUAAGAUGCUUCCUCCAACAUCAGGAAGAUUACUGAAUGGAGACCCUUUAAACCAAACAAGAGUAAGUGAAGUUCCAGAUAAUGGAGGUUUUACAAGGGAAAUGGAUUACUGUUUUGCAGAAAAAAAGGCAGAACUGCUAAAAUAUUUACUAUCAGCUUUCCCAGAGACUUUUCAUUUCUGCAUGCCUGCUUUAUCUCAUUCCAAAGGGCAGAAAAAGAAACUAAAAUUUCCACAUCUGAAAAGUACAGUGAGGCCCAAACGUGUACCUAUGAAGGCAGUGAAGCCAUUAAUUUCGCGGAUAUUUAUUAUCACAGCAUCCCAUAACCUUGGUCAUAGAAAGGAAUUGGGUCCCAACUUUAAGAUCAAGGUUAAAAAGAUAAACCAAGCUAAAGGAUUGGUAGAUGAAUUUUUAAAUUCCAUUUUCUGUUCCAUGCCUGACAAAUUAGAAGCAGAGACAAACUGGUUCUGUCAUGCUCAGUUAAAGCAAGGAAAACUUUCAGAUGAAGGGAGACCAUGGUAUGAUGAUUUGUUUGAUACUAGUGCAUUCUAUGUCAGAGAAGGUAAAGUGCAAAAUAAAGAAGAGGAACAACAAGCUUUUGUUUCUAAGUCUAAAAGACAGAAAAAUUCAUUAAAGUUAGCAAGCAAGCAAAAUACAGCGAGUCUCAAAGUUGGAGCUAUGAAGGCAAAAAAGCCUCCAAUUUCAUAUAUAUUUAAUGGCAGGCAUAGCAAGGAACUGCAGUUCAACUUAAAAAUGAAGAUGAAAGAUCCACAGCAAAGUAAAAAUAUAUAUGCAUUUUUGAAUGCCAUUUACCCUAUGGGGCCUAUUUUGCCCAACAUCAAAAAGUGUAGUGGAUUAAACAUGGAGACAGAUAUGCAGAGGAUAACAAGACUUGGUCAUACACAGCUAGUGCAAGAGAAAUCACCAAAUGGAAUAAAAGUACCAUGCUCAGAUGAAAUUUAUUUGAGAAGUAUAUCUAGCAAUGUGAAAUAUGGAAAAAAAGAGGAAAGAGAACAUGAAGCUUUACCAACUGCAGAGAAUAACCAACAUUUCAGAUUCAAUGCAUAUCAGAAGAUGGAUCAUGACCUUGUCAAAUCAGCCGAGGAGCUGAACCGACCAGGAAAUACAAAUAUGCAGGUACAAACACAAACACAUUUUACACAAACUAUUUUGGAUUCUACUUCAAGCCCUACAUUAGAUCAAUUUCAACUUGAAAAGCUAGAGAAAUGUGCUAAGAUUUCACCUCCAAAGAAAGGAGAAUCAAAGAUUGAUGAAAUAGUCUCUUCUGCAAGAGCAUGUGGUAUUCCAUCUGAUGGGAUCCAUCAAAAGGAAAAGGAUGAUGGUUUUAAACAGAAAAAGAGUGUGACCUUUGAUAUCUGCAGGCCUCCAUUAUCUACAUCCAAAAAGAAGGGAGACUUCAAACAAUUUUCAGACCUGAAAACUUCAGUGAGUCCCAAAUGUGGAAUUAGAAAGGCAAAGAAACCCUCAUAUUCAUACAUGCUUAAUAUUAAGGGUGGUACUAGCCCAAACUAUAGAAAAGAAUUGGGACAUAACUUGACAACCAAGAUGAAAGACCUGCAUCAAGGUAAAAAAGUGGUGGAUAAAAUGUAUUCUUUCAUGGCUAUUACAUCUGACAUUAGUAUGCAUAGUAACAUAGAAACAGAAAAAGACAUUUUAGGAAAAAACAGACUCAGUUCUACUCAAGUAAAGCAAGAGAUUUCACCACGGGAAGGGAGUGUUACUUCAGAUGACAGCAAAGAAACCAAUAUUCACGAUAAAGAGAAAGAAGAUAGAGAACAGGAGGCAUUAUUAAAAGUAAUUCCACAGCACAGUCAACAACUCAUAUUCUGUUCAGGUCAGAGGAACGGGCUUGUCCUUCACAAAUCAGAAAAACAAAGAAGUGUGGAAAUUCCAGUAGUUGCAGAACAAGAUGUACCACAAUUAAUGCAGCCUGAAGAUUCAACUCAAGUUGAAAAGCCAAAAAAAAGCUUCCAGACACAAAAUGACACAAUAUGUACAGUGAGUUCAAAGCUUCCUCCUCUAAAGUCAGAGGAAUCAUUAAUUGAUGAAGUUUUAAUUGAUACAGAAAAAUAUGGUGUCUCAACUGAUGGAAGCCCUACAGGGGGAUCUCAUGGUCUUAGUAAAGAGGAAAAGGCAGAGUUUGAAAAAAAUCUACAAGCAACUGCCCUGGAGCCUUUGGAUUCCUCUACACCUGAUCUAUCUGAAUCUAAAAUGCAGAGAAAUAUAUUCACAUGUAGAGCCUUAAAAAUGAAGGCAAGGAAGGCACCAAUUUCACAAGUAUUUAAUAUCCCAAGGUCUGGUUGUCUAAAAAAUCUACCUCCAAAGACCCAGAAAUCACAGGUGGUUGAAUUUUUAAUUCAUAUAAGAGACUCUGAGAUCCCAUCUGAUGGAUUUCAUAUGAGGGAACUAGAAAAUCUUACUGCAGAGAAAAAGAAAAGAUUAGCACAAGAAUUACCAGCAGCAAUUCUGGAGUCUUUUGAUGUCUCCAGACUUGAUUCACCUGCAUCUAAAAGAGAGAGAAACAAGUUAAAACUUACAAACAAAAGAAAUAAAAUGAGCCCCAAAGUUGUAACUUUGAAGGCAAAGAAGUUACCAUUUUCCCAGACAUCUAAUGCCACAGGCUGUGGUAUACCAAGGUAUAGAAGGCAAUUAGAAUGCAACUUCAAAUCCAUGAUGAAACUAAGUAAAUUUGUGGUAGAUACAUUCCUAAGUGCCAUUGUCUCUCCCAUGCUUGUUUUACUUGACACUGAACUGCAGAAUAGAAUAAAAGUAGAGAGAGACAUGCUGUGUAAAACAGUAUCCAGUUGUGAACUGCACCUGCGAGAGCAGUCACCAGAUGAAGAGAGAUCCUGGUGUGCAGAUUCCAGCGAUGAGAAAGACAGGACUUCAAAAGGCACUAAAGAAGUCAAAGACCAAAGUAGAGAGGAAGAGAAAGCAGAAUGCAUAGUAGAAGCAACCCCAAUGAAUUCCCAACAUUUCAGUUUUAAUGCUUAUAAAAUGAAGGAGUCUAACUUUGCAAAAUCAGACCCAGAGGUGAAGAAUUCAGGAGAGCCAAAGAAAAGAACAAUAACACAAAAAAGCUUUCAGAAGACAGAGAUUCCAAAGAUUUCAUCUCCAAUGAUAGGGAAGUCCAUUAGUGAAUUUUUAAUUGAUACAACAAAGAGUGACAUCCCAUCUGAAAGAGGCCCUAGAAAGGAACUUGCUAGUUCUAUUUCAGAGGAAAAGAUAAGGUUACAAAAAGAUUUACAAGCAAGAACCCUAGAACCUUUUGCUUUCUCCAUGCCCAUUUUAUCAGAAUCUGAAGAGCAGAAAAACACAUCACAAUUAGGCACAGAAAGUACACUGAGUUCCAAAUGGGUAACUUUGAAGCCAAAGAAGCCACCAACAUCACAAGUACUCAGUAACACUAGAAUUGUUAACACAAGCCACGGAAAGAAACAUAAAUGCAACUUUGAAGCCAAGAUGAAAGAGAUGAAACAAGGGGAAGGUGUGUCAGAUGCCUUUUUGAAUACCUGUUUCUCUGCCGUACCAGUUUCACCUGAUGUGGAAACUUGUAAUGCAAAAGAAACAAACAUAUUAAGGAAAAUACAAUCCAGUCAUGUGCCACGUACCUAUUCCAUUGAUAAGGGCUAUACCUUAAAUGACAGAGAAGUAGAAAUGCAAGAAGAGGAAAAGAAAGAAGCUUUACUAGAAACCUUUCCCUACUUUACCCAACAAUCCAUGUCUUCUGAACAUCAAAAGAAAGAACCAGACCUUGUUAGAUCUGAUGCAGAUUUUAACACUUCAGGAAACAGAAAAAUUAAGAAAUUGCUUGUAACAGAGCAAGAGGUGCCACAAAAAACAACUUUUAUGGAAACUAUUUUAGAGGCUGUUUCUUGCCACAUAAAAGAUCUGCUUCAAGUCAAGACAUCAGAAAGACACAUCAACACACAAGAAGGUCUAGCAUCUGCAAAAGAUCCAAAGAUUCCAUCUCAAACUUCAGAGGAAUCAGUGAUGGAUGAACGUUUACCCAAUAAAAUAGGCAAACGAUAUGAGGGAAGUCAUAGAUGGCAACCUGAUGAUCCUUUUAUUGAGGAAAAGGCAGGAUUACCAUUCUUACAGCCUUCUGAUUUCUCUAUGCCUGCUUUAUCUAAGAUUAAAGGGCAGAGACAUGCAACACAAAUCCCUAAGAAUGAAACUCUGAAAGCCGAGAUGCCAUCAAUUUUAGAGACAAGUAAUAUCACUAAGUGUGAAACCCUAAGCCAUAGGAAGCAACAGGAGUACAAUUUGGAAAACCUGGCCAAAGAAAUAUCUCAAGGUGUGUCAGAUAUAUUUAUGAAUACCUAUUUUUCACCUCCACCUGUUUUGUCUGGCAUAAAAAUGCUUAAAAAAGUGAAAACAGAGAAAGACCAGUUAAGAAAAACAAGCAAUAUGACACAAUUGAAACAAGAUGAAGAGAAAACAUUGUAUACAGAUUCCUCUAAUAAACUGAGUAUCUCAAGUGACACAGAAACGAAAUGGCAAAAUGAAGAAGAAAAAGGUGGCAAAGACGUUUUAUUUGAAUCAGGUCAGCAGUUCCUGAAUAUGGGUAGUAGAACAGAUCAAAAUAUGCUUAUUACAGAGAAAGAAGUACAGCAGCAAACACUGGUUUCAGAAAACAUUUUGGAGUCUAUUCAGUCUGCUAUAAUGACUGUAUUUCAAAGCGAAAAGCUGAAGAACAUCCCACUACAAAAAAACAUAUUAGGUACAAUAGGUGAAAAGAUGCCAUGUCCAAAAUCAGGGAAAACAAUGGUUGACAAUCUUGUAAUUGAUAAAGCGGAGUAUAGUACCACAUCUGAUGGGAGCACUACAGGAAAGCUGGAUGUUCACAGUGCAGUUUCCCCACAAGUAGCAGAGAAUAUGGAAACACAAAAAGUGAUAAAAUACACAGUUGGUCAAAAUAUUCCACCUACCAAAACAGGGAAAUCAAUGUUUGCAGAGCCAUGUGAUGAAAGCUCUGGAAGGAAACUAGAUAGUCUUAUUGGCAAAGAAAAUGAAGAGUUACAAAGAGAUUUGCUAACAAUGGUCACGCAGUCUGUUUUAACUGGUUCUAAAAAGAAAAGAAAUAUAUUAAGAUUUCUAGGAAGGAAAAGUUUAGAUCCCAAAUGUGGAACUAUGAAGGCAAAGAAGCAUCCAUGUUCACAGGUGCUUAAUAUCACUGUGCCUGAUAAUCUACACUGUAGGAAGGAACCAGAAAACAAUUCAAAAUCUAAGAUAAAAGACGUACAGCAAAAUAAAAUAGCUAAUGCACUUUUGUCUCCCACACCUAGUUCAACUGAUGUCAAAAUAGAUAUUAAAAAACAUGGCAGACCAAAAGCAGAGAUGGAUAAACCAAGAGUAAAAAUAUACAAUCAUACUUACCCAAAGCUAGAGAAAUCACCACCUGAUGGAGAAGCAUGGAAGUCUGAGUUGACUGAUAUGCAAAACAUAUCAAGCAACACAAUGCAAAUGAAUGUCUCAGAGCCUUUUGAUUUCUCUACGCCUGUUUUAUCUAAAAAUGAAAAGCAAAGAAGUACAGUGCAGUUAGAAUACAUGAAAAGGACUAUGAGUCAAGAGUGUUUAACUAUGAAGGCAAAGAAGCUACUAAUUUCACAGUUACUGCAUGUUGCAGGAUGUCGUUCUCCAAGCCAUAGAAAGAAACUGAAAUGCAAGUGUAAAUACAAAACAAAAUUAACGUUACCAGAAAAACAUGAGGCAGAUGCAUUUUUAAAUAAUAGUAGUUCUCCCAUACCAACUUCAUCUGACAUUGGAAUGGAUAAAAAAUUAAGAGCAGAUGCAGACAUGUUAAGCAAACAUGUCAAUCUUAUGCAAAUAAAGCCAGAAAAAUCAGGUGAAAGGAAAGCAUGGAAUACAUAUUCUUGUGGUAAGGGAAGUACUGCAAAAGAUAAAGAGAAAGAAACAGUGGAAGAAAAAGAGUACCAAGAAACUGUACCAGAAGAAACACCACUAUAUAUACAAUUACUCAAAUCUGAUAAACACCAAAAAAAGAAGCCUGACCUGGUCAAAUCAAAAAAUGAAGUGUAUAGUUCAAGAAGAAGGAAAGUUCAGGAUUUUCUUGUUAGAGAGCUAGAUGUGCAGCAACCAACAUCAUUUCCAGAAAUUACUCUGGGUUCUACUCCCUGCCACAUAAUGAAUCAGUAUCAAGUUGAUAAGACGAAGGAAAGCCACCGUACAACAAAAAGCACACGAGUUACUGAGACUGCUAUGAUUCCACCACCCAGUUUAGUGAUUGAUCAACUUUCAUUCAAAACAACAGAAAGGGGCCCUCUGUAUAAGGGAACACUUCAAAAAACAGCAAGGUGUUCAGAUUCCACUGGCAAGAAAGAAGCUUUGAACAUUUUUAAAGAAGCAAAACUGCAUGAUAGAGAAAGUGAGGAAGAGAAGCAAGAACAAUUGAUAGAAACUGGUCCAUUGUAUAUUAAAAACUUCUUGGUAAAUGCAUAUCUCAUGAAGGAAUCUGAUCCUGGCAAGUCAGAAGGUGUCAUUUUAGUAGAACAGUUUUUCCCCAAAAGUCAGAUUUACAAAAGGAAUCCAGAAAAAAAUGUAAAAAUAGAAAAAAACAAUGUGACAACUAGUCUCCAUAUUGGACUCCCAAAACUGGAGAAAUCAAAAGUUUGUACAGAACUGAGAGAUCCAACAGGUCAUUCUAUAUCUAAUAAAUGUGAUAGAAAGACUAUUGCCAAUUCUAUUAUGAUGGAAAAAUGUCAGUACAAUAGUUUGACAGGAAUUGUCCUAGAUUCUAUUGGCAAGCAUUUGCCUACUCCAGAAGAAAUUGAAAGACAGACUGGUAGCCCAGAAAUAGUUGACAUGUCAAGUGUAAGUCCCAAAGGUAUAUCUUUGGAGACAAAGCAAUCAACAGUCUCACAAUCACUUAGUAAUGACACAUGCCGUGCUUUUCUAAGCAUUAAUAAGAAACAGGAAGAGAACUUUAAAGCCCAGAAGAUAGAAAUAGAGAAAGAUAAACCUGUAUUCAAUGCAGAGCUAACUUCUAUAUGUGCUUCUAUGCCUAUUCCACCACACAUAAAAAUGGAGCAGUCACCUAGUACCUGGAAUAUAUAUGCAGAAUCUUCAAGUAAGAGCAAUGCCCCCAACAAAGCAAAAGUUAGAGAGAAAAAAGAGUAUGAACACUGGGUUUCAUUUAGAACAGCUCCACAAUAUACCCAGCCACUUGGAUUUGGGGCAGAUCAAAUGAGAGAGCCUGGUCCCUUCAAAUCACAAUCACCCUUAAUCAGUACAGUGUGCCCCAAGAAUGUCGCUCUUCAGAAAACAAAAAGUGAUUUAAUAGAAGGCAAAGUAAAGAUAGAAACUGUAGAAGAGAUUAGUCCCAAGUCUGUAUUUUUCUCUAAGACACAUCUGCUUCAAAUUGAAAAUCAGAAGAAAAAAAUUAAAACCACAAACUGGAAAACAAGAGCACAUCCUGAUGUUCUGGUUCCAAAGGCAGAGAAAUCAUUAAUUGAUGUACAUUCUAUUAAUGCAACAGAGAGUGACAAUUCAUUACAGGAAAAAGGACAUGAACUAGAGGAGCAAGAGCACCUUGCCAUGCAAAAGAAACGGCAAGAGCCAGAACUACCAGAAACUACCUGGAGUUCUGUUAAUGCUCAUACACUUACACAUCCUGAAAUUGUGAGACAUAAAGUUAAGGCAAAAACAACAGAAGUGAAAAACACUUUCCAGACCAAACAGGUAAAACUGAAGAAAAAGAAAGCACCUGUUUGCCAGCUGCUUACUGGUACUAGGUAUGAUACUGGAGGCAAUAAAAAAGAAUGGGGAUAUCACCUUAAACAGAAGAAAGUAUUCCAAGAGAGUAAAAGUGUAGAUUUAGUUCUGAAAGCUAUUUUUGACUCUGGAUGCAUUACAACUCACAUUAAAAAGCUUACAGAAAUAAAAAUGGAGAAAGACAAACGAGAAGAGAGGAUACACAUUCUUCCACAGCUAAAGGUGGCGAAAACACUAAAUGAAAGGCAAAUGUCUUCUGCAGGAUCGACUGAUAAGUACAGCCACAUUAGAAAAUUGGGACAAUAUGUUGGAGAAAAGGAACAAAAACACCAAAAAAUUUUAAUAGACACACCCCAACAAUAUAUCCAACAGUUAAAGACUAGCUUGCAACAAAUAGAGCAGCUUCGUCAGGUCAAAUUCGAGGAAGAUUCGAAAGGAAAGAUGUGCUCUGAAUCACCUUCACAGAAAGGAGACACUGAUUGCACUGAGCUUGGUAUCCCAAGAAGUGAAAGAAGAGAAGUCUUCAUUAAAGGGAAACAGAAAUCUUUCCUGAAGCAAGAGAUACAGAAAAUAGACCUGAUUCCUGAGACCAGUCUGGAAUCUAUUCCUUGUCCCAUGAAGGAGACAAUAGAAUUCAUAACAAAACAAGAUUUAAAACUGUCAAUUCCACAGCAGAAAAAAGAAUUGAAGGUAAUUAACAGCCCAUCACAUUCAAAAGAACAACAAUUACUAAUUCCAGGGCUUAAGGCCCAGCAACAGAAGCCUUUCACAAGAGCUAUUCUGAAGUCUGUUUCCUCUUACCUACUAGAUCAACUUCUUACUGCAAAGCCAAAGAAAGAAGUAAAAAUAAAAGAUGCAGUUGUAAAGGGUUCAGUUCAACAGGAAAAGAAAAUCUCAUACAAAACAUACAUGUCAAAUAUAGAUCCUAUGUCAGGAAAUACAGAAAGACUACUCUUGCUUAUUAAAAAGCAGGAGAAGAGAAAAAAAAUUAGAAAGAAGAAAGAAUUUAAAAAAGCAGGAAACAUGAAAACAGCUAUAACUCCCAAUCUAGUUUUAAAGUAUUCCCCAGCUGGAGGACAACUCAUUAACACAAUAGAGAGUGUUGGCACUUUCAAACAAAGAGAUGGAAAGGAAUCAGAGGGGAGCGUGGCCAUGCAAAGGGAACAGCAAAGGCCAUAUGGUCCAGGGAUUACCCCAGAUUCUGUUCAUCCAAAUGUGCUUAUUUCUCCUCUAGUUAUAAGCACCAUGUAUCCCAAAGGGAUAAAAAUUAAGGCAAAGAAAGCACUUGUUUUCCAGCUGCUUGAUAUGACAGUAUAUAGAACCAGAAGCAAAAAAAAGGAACUGAAAUGUAACAUUAAGAUACAGAAGAAGUUCCAGCAAGGUAAAACUGUAGCAGAUUUUGUUCUGAAAGAUAUUUGUGACUCUGGAUAUAUUCCAUCUCAUAUGGAAGAGUGUACAGAAGUAAAGAGGGAGAAAGACAAACCAAGAGAGCAGAUACAAAUUCCUCCACAGCUAAAUCUGAUGAAAUCACCAAAUGAAAAUAGUCUGGAACCCACUUCCUCUCGCAUGUUGCAUCAACCCCACAUUGAUAAGUUCAGGAAAGAAGUAUCAGCAAAAGGAAUAAUGAGUUCAAAAGUUUUGAGUCCAGUGGUAGAGAAAGCAUCAAAUGAAGCAGGUAUUCCAGCAGAUCAAUCUCCAUGUUCAGAAGGAAGUAAUUCGUGUAUUACAGAAAGAGAAGAACAGCAUCAGGAAAGUACAUCUGAGGCUCAUCCAACAUCUGUUUCUUUCUCUUCAAUGGAUAUACUUCAGAUGAAGAUGCCAAUGUUUCACACUUCCAAUACAGAAGGAAUUGGCUUACCUACUGCUGGAAAGGAAGAAGAGCAACCAGAAGGUAUAUGCCAGACUUUUCCAAAGACUGCUCCUCAUCUUUUGUUAGAUACACUUCAGAGUAAGACACCAUGUGUAAAGAAGGUGCCAGAAGAUGUUGUUGGCAUCAUGGAUCAUAAUCUGCGCAUGGAAGGAAUUGGCUUGCUUAUUGCAAAAAAAGUAGUAGAGCAACUGGAGUGGAGGCACCAGGCUUUUCUAAAACCUGCUUCUCACUCUUCACUGGAUACACUUCAAAGUAAGACACAAUGUGUAAGGACAGCAGCAGAAGACGUAGUUAGCACCGUGGAUCACAAUCUGAGUGUGGAAGGAAUUGGCUUGCUUAUUGCACAAAGUGUAGAGCAACUGGAGUGGAGGCACCAGGCUUUUCUAAAGCCUGCAUCUCAGUCUUCACUGGAUGCACUGCAAAGUAAGAAACCAUGUGUAAGGACGGCAUCAAAAGAUGUACUUGGCAUCAUGGAUCAAAAACUGAGUGUGGAAGGAAUUGGCUUGCUUAUUGCAGAAAAAGUAGUAGAGCAACUGGAGUGGAGGCACCAGGCUUUUCUAAAGCCUGCUUCUCACUCUUCACUGGAUGCACUGCAAAGUAAGAAACCAUGUGUAAGGACAGCAUCAGAAGUAGGUAGUGCCAUGGGUCACACUCCAAGAGCAGAAACAAUUGACUUGCUAAUUACAGGAAAGGAAGAACAGCCAAAAAAAUUUACAAAUAAGUCUCUUCCAAAACCUUCAUCUCAUUCCACAAUAGGAAUAGGUAACGUGUCAAGCAGAGCAAAAGGAUUAGACUUAUUUUCUAAAGAUCAACCAAAUACUGUAUGUGAGCAUGGACUGAAAUGGCUUAUGCCCUUAGAUAUCCCAAAGAAAAUUAAAGAACAAAAUAAAAGGCUGCCUUUAGAAUCAUGUGAUAAAAAUAUAAAAUACUGGAUUGUUUCAUUUCCAAAAGGAAAGAAAUCACCAGACAGGGCACAGAUAAUUGAUUCAAUAUCAAAUGGUAGCCCACCCAAGCAAAAAGUUAGAGAGAAGGUGGAAUUAUAUAACACAAAUCAAGAGGUACAAAAAGAAGUAUGUCUAUCUGAAACUUUUUUACAGUCUCUUCAUAUCCAUGUGCCUAUUUUGCCAGAAAAUAAAGCACAGAAGAUUAGCAUUACGAAAGGAGACGAGAAAAACAUAAUAUACUUCAGAACAAGAGCUCUGAAGUUAAAUAAAUCAGUGUGUGUGUUUUCACAUACACUCCAUGACCCUGACUGUGGUACCCCAAGCAACAAACCAGAACUGCAGCAGAACAUAAAAAAGAAAAUGGUAAAUAUGAAACACAGAAAAGGUAAAUCAGAUUUGGUUGUGACAAAAAUAUACAAUUCCAUAGCUGCUUCAUCUCACCUCAGAUUAAAUAAAGAGACAAUAGACAGAGUUAUCUCAAAUAAUAUAAAAAAAGAAAAACAAUAUCUACCUCAGAAAGUGGAGAAAGGUAGAGUAAAAGCAGAUGUGAAAGGAAUAGUGGGCCCCGAGGUUAUAAUUUUGAAGGCAAAGGAAUCAUCACUGUCACAUAUAGUCAAUAGAAAGGAAAUGCUGUUGCUGUUGGACAUUAAAAAGCAAGAGAGUAAGGUGCAGGAGAGUAGAGAUAAAUCAGGUGUGAAACUGACAAACUUACGGGCUUCCUUACCAUCUCCUAAUUUUAACUCAAGAAUAAAAGUAGGAAAAAAUAAGCCAGGAAUACUAAGAGAUUGCCUUCCACCACUAAAGAUCCAGGUGUCAUCAAGUGUCAGGGAAACAUCAUAUUCAGAGUUAAUUAAUAAAGCUUUUUUAAGCAAUGUAACAAAAUCAAAACAUUUGUCCCAGAAAAAGAAGGAAGAUAGAGAAAAUAUAGUAGAUGUGAGAGACAUAAUAGGCCUCAAGUGUAUCACUUUGAAAGGAAAGAAAACACAUUUUAAACAUAUACUUCAUGAAAAGGAACUACAAUGGAAAAUUAAAGAACAAGAGCAAAUGAUACAGGAAGAACAAGGUGAUCGAGGUGUACUCCUGGAUAAACCCUGUGCUUCCAUUCUUUCUCCGCCUCACUUGAAAAGGGGUACUGGAAUAAAAGGAGAGGAAGACAUACAAGGAAUAACAAGCUCCUGUUUUCAACCAUUAAAACCACAGGAAUUAUCACAUGCAAAGGGAAUAUAUGAAGAACCAAUUGAUGAUAUUUUAAGCCAUAUAAAAAAGGCAAAACAGAUGCAACAAAUAGAAAGAGUCAAAAAAGCUUGGGAAAAAACAGUACAUUCCAAAGGAAUAUAUUUGAAAGCAAAGAAAUCUUCACUUUCACGGGAACUGUUGCUGAGUAGUGAAGAAGAGGAGAAAACAUUGCAGAAAGAUUCCAAAGGAAUAUACUUGAAAGCAAAGAAAUCUUCACUUUCACGGGAGCUCCUGGUGAGUGGCAAAGAAGAAGAAAAAACAUUGCAGGAAGAUUCCAAAGGAAUACACUUGAAAGCAAAGAAACCACUUUCACGGGAACUGCUGCUGAGUAGUGAAGAAGAGGAGAAAACGUUGCAGGAAGAUUCUAAAGGAAUAUAUUUGAAAGCGAAGAAAUCUUCGCUUUCACGGGAACUGCUGCUGAGUAGCAAAAAAGAAAAGAAAACGUUGCAGGAAGAUUCCAAAGGAAUAUAUUUGAAAGCAAAGAAAUCUUCACUUUCACAGGAACUGCUGGUGAGUGGCAAAGAAGAGAAAACAUUGCAGGAAGAUUCUAAAGGAAUGUAUUUGAAAGCAAAGAAAUCUUCACUUUCACGGGAACUGUUGCUGAGUAGUGAAGAAGAGGAGAAAACAUUGCAGAAAGAUUCCAAAGGAAUAUACUUGAAAGCAAAGAAAUCUUCACUUUCACGGGAGCUCCUGGUGAGUGGCAAAGAAGAAGAAAAAACAUUGCAGGAAGAUUCCAAAGGAAUACACUUGAAAGCAAAGAAACCACUUUCACGGGAACUGCUGCUGAGUAGUGAAGAAGAGGAGAAAACGUUGCAGGAAGAUUCUAAAGGAAUAUAUUUGAAAGCGAAGAAAUCUUCGCUUUCACGGGAACUGCUGCUGAGUAGCAAAAAAGAAAAGAAAACGUUGCAGGAAGAUUCCAAAGGAAUAUAUUUGAAAGCAAAGAAAUCUUCACUUUCACAGGAACUGCUGGUGAGUGGCAAAGAAGAGAAAACAUUGCAGGAAGAUUCUAAAGGAAUGUAUUUGAAAGCAAAGAAAUCUUUGCUUUCACAGGAACUGUUGGUGAGUGGCAAAGAAGAAAAGAAAACAUUGCAGGAAGAUUCCAAAGGAAUAUAUUUGAAAUCAAAGAAGUCUUCACUUUCACGGGAACUGCUGCUGAGUAGUGAAGAAGAGGAGAAAACGUUGCAGGAAGAUUCUAAAGGAAUAUAUUUGAAAGCGAAGAAAUCUUCGCUUUCACAGGAACUGCUGGUGAGUGGCAAAGAAGAAAAGAAAACAUUGCAGGGAGAUUCUAAAGGAAUAUUUUUGAAAGCAAAGAUAUCUUUGCUUUCACGGGAACUGCUGCUGAGUAGCAAAAAAGAAAAGAAAACGUUGCAGGAAGAUUCCAAAGGAAUAUAUUUGAAAGCAAAGAAAUCUUCACUUUCACGGGAACUGUUGCUGAGUAGUGAAGAAGAGGAGAAAACAUUGCAGAAAGAUUCCAGAGGAAUAUAUUUGAAAGCAAAGAAAUCUUCACUUUCACGGGAGCUCCUGGUGAGUGGCAAAGAAGAAGAAAAAACAUUGCAGGAAGAUUCCAAAGGAAUACACUUGAAAGCAAAGAAAUCACUUUCACGGGAACUGCUGCUGAGUAAUGAAGAAGAGGAGAAAACGUUGCAGGAAGACUCCAAAGGAGUAUAUUUGAAAGCAAAGAAAUCUUUGCUUUCACGGGAACUGCUGCUGAGUAGCGAAAAAGAAAAGAAAACAUUGCAGGAAGAUUCCAAAGGAAGAUAUUUGAAAGCAAAGAAAUCUUCACUUUCACGAGAACUGUGGCUGAGUAGUGAAGAAGAGGAGAAAACAUUGCAGAAAGAUUCCAGAGGAAUAUAUUUGAAAGCAAAGAAAUCUUCACUUUCACGGGAGCUCCUGGUGAGUGGCAAAGAAGAAGAAAAAACAUUGCAGGAAGAUUCCAAAGGAAUACACUUGAAAGCAAAGAAACCACUUUCACGGGAACUGCUGCUGAGUAGUGAAGAGGAGAAAACGUUGCAGGAAGAUUCUAAAGGAAUAUAUUUGAAAGCGAAGAAAUCUUCGCUUUCACAGGAACUGCUGGUGAGUGGCAAAGAAGAAAAGAAAACGUUGCAGGAAGAUUCCAAAGGAAUAUAUUUGAAAGCAAAGAAAUCUUCACUUUCACAGAAACUGCUGGUGAAUGGCAAAAAAGAGAAAACGUUGCAGGAAGAUUCUAAAGGAAUAUAUUUGAAAGCAAAGAAAUCUUCACUUUCACGGGAGCUCCUGGUGAGUGGCAAAGAAGAAGAAAAAACAUUGCAGGAAGAUUCCAAAGGAAUACACUUGAAAGCAAAGAAAUCACUUUCACGGGAACUGCUGCUGAGUAAUGAAGAAGAGGAGAAAACGUUGCAGGAAGACUCCAAAGGAAUAUAUUUGAAAGCAAAGAAAUCUUCACUUUCACAGGAACUGCUGGUGAGUGGCAAAGAAGAAAAGAAAACAUUGCAGGAAGAUUCCAAAGGAAGAUAUUUGAAAGCAAAGAAAUCUUCACUUUCACGAGAACUGUGGCUGAGUAGUGAAGAAGAGGAGAAAACAUUGCAGAAAGAUUCCAGAGGAAUACAUUUGAAAGCAAAGAAAUCUUUGCUUUCACGGGAGCUGCUGGUAAGUGGCAAAGAAGAAAAAAUGUUGCAGGAAGAUUCCAAAGGCAUAUAUUUGAAAGCAAAGAAAUCUUCACUUUCACAGGAACUGCUGCUGAGUAGUGAAGAAGAAGAGAAAAAGUUGCAGGAAAGUAAGCAUGUUGGGACUCAGAGUACAUCUUUUGCUUCCAUCUCUUUUCCACCUUACUCUGAAUUGGACAUAAGAAGUAGAGGAAAGGAAGCCAUGCUAAUAAAAACAAGAUCUUCUUUUGUACAAUUAAUACUCCAGGAGUCCUCAGAUGUAGGGAAAAUAGCGUAUAAAGAGUCUACUUGUUGUGAUAUUUCAAGCAGUGUAAAAAAAGCCAAAGAAUAUGUGAUGCAGGAAGAAAAGAAACUAAAAAUGGCAAAAGUUAGACCUUUGAUUAAAAAGAAAUCACCAAUUUCACAGAAAUUUCAUUUAGACCUCAAAACUCAAGAUAAAAAGUCACAAAAAGUUAACGUUGAACCACAUGUGGUUCUAACCAAUUACAGCACUCCCAUACCUACAUCUCAUUUAAAAUUGGCUAUAAGAAUGAAAAAUGAAAAUAAUAGAAUUAAGAUAAGACAUUCUUUUCCAAAACUGUCACAAAAGAAAUCAUCAGAUGCAGUGAAAACAGCAAAUAAAGAGCCUAUUCAGGGUGAUAUCACUAGUGAUGUAAAGAAAACAAUAGAAUGCAUGCCACAGAAAGAAGAGGACAGACAAAUAAGAGUAAAUAUGAAAAACAUGAUGCACUUCAAAGGCACAACUUCCAAGGCAAAGAAAUUUCCACUUUCAUGUGUACCUAUUAUUGCUAAGGGCAGUGGUCCCCAAACUAGAGAAGUACAGACCAACAUAAAAGAGGGAAUUGGCCACAAACAGGAAAGAAAAAGUGAACUAGAUGAGGUUCUGAAAAUACCUUCUCUAUCUGAUUUCAAAUUAGACACAGGUAUUGAAUGCAAAGAAGACAAACUAGGAGUAUCACGAUCUUUUCUUCCACCACCAUGGCACAUGGAGUCAUCGGAUUCAGGGAAACUAAAACAUAGAGUGUCAACUUUGCAUGAUAACUCAAGUGAUUUAAAAAGAACAACAUACAUGAUACAGAAAACAGAGGAUAAAGUAAAUAUUACUGAGAAAGGCAGAAUGCAUCGCAAGUAUAUAGCUUUCAAGGCAGAGAAAUCGCCCCUUUCCUCUAUACUCAAAACAACAGAACUGCAGUUGAACAUCAAAGAGCAAAAGAAAAUGGGGCAGGAUGGUAAGGGGAAAACAGUUGUGAUUCUGAGCAAAACCUGUGCUUUUAAAACUUCUUCGAUUCACAUUAAAGGGGACACAAUAAAAGAAAAGAAUGGUGAGCUUGGAAUAAUAAAACACUGUGUGCCACACCUUAAGCUCCAGGAAUCAUUGGCUUCAGGGCAAAUAGCGUCUUCAGAGUACAUUGAUAGUGAUAUUUUGAGGCAUGUUAAGAAAACAAAACAUCUACCACAUAAAGAAGAGGACAGAGUAAAAACACUAGCCAUGAAUGGCUUAAUGCACCCAAUAGAUGCAGUUUUCAAGGAAAAGACAUCACCACUUCCACAUGUGUUCAAUAUUAUUGAGGAUGGUACUCUAAGCAAGAGAAAGGAACAACAGUGGAGCGCUGACGUGAAGGUAGAACAGGAACAUGAAAGAAAAAGAAAACUUGAUGUAGUUCUGCCAAAAGCUCAUAAUUCCAUGCCUUCUCCAUCUCAUCAUAUAUUAGAUAUAAGUAUUAAAGUAAACAAAGACUUGCUUGGUUUUGUGAGAUGCUCUCCUUCUCAAUUAAAGCUCCAUGUACCAUCAGAUGAAGGGAAAGCCAGAAAUGAAGAGUCAAAUGAAGAUAUUAGCUCCAAUAAUGUAAUGUUAAAAGCUGAUCAACAGAUGCCAAAUAAAGAGGCAAUGGACACAGUGAAAUUGUUAGACAGGCAAGGUAUAGUACUCCCUCCAAAAAUAAAUUUGAAAGCAAAGACAUCCCCUCUUGCACAUCAAUUCAAUAGAAAGAAAUUAUCUUUGAAUAUUAAAAAGCAAGGGGAAAAGGUGAAGGAAGACAAAAGUGAACCAGGGAUGGUUCUGAGAAAAACUUUUGCUUCCUUACCUUCUCCUUCACCUUGUCUUAAGCAAGACAUUAGAGUAAAUGAAAAGGAAGGCAUGCUAGGAAUAACACAAUCCUUGCCACUGCUCAAGACUGAAAAUCCAUCAGAACCAGGCAAUAAAGCAUAUACUGAGUCAAUUGACGGUUGUAUGUUAAGCGAAAGAAAAGGACCAAUGCAAUCUACAACACAGAAAGAAGAGGGAGAUAGAUUCAAAACAGAUAUGAAAGACAAAAUGCUGCCAAAAUGUACGUAUUUGAAGGCAAAGAAAUUACCAUUUUCACAUAUACUCUGUAUCGAAGAAUUGCAAUGCAAAGCUGAAGAGCUAGAGAGAAAGGUGCAGGAAGAUAGAAGUGAACUAGUUAUGGGUCUCACAAACAUUUGUGCUUCUUUACUUACUCAACUACCUCUUAAAUCUGAUACAAAAGAAGGAGAGGGAUACAUGAUAAAAAUUACAAGAUUGCCUCUUCCACAACUAAGGUCCAGGAACUCAUCAGGUGCAGAAAAAGUGGCACAUGUAGAACCAAUUGAGGAAGAAUUCUCAAAUGAGGUAAAAAAGUUAAAAGAACAAAUGCUACAGAAAAAGGAAAAUGAUAGAGGAAAAAAUGUGGCUAUGAAUGGUGUAGUGGACACCACUGAUACAGAUCUGAAGACAAAGGAAUCACCUAUUUUACAUACACAUUGUCCAACUGACCUUCAGUGGCAAACUAAAGAGCCAGAGGGAAAGGUCCAGGAAGAUAAGGGUGAGCAAGAUGUAGUGCUGAGUAAAACUUGUACUUGCCCAUCUUCCCCACUUCACCUUCAAGUGAAUACCAGAAUCAAGGAAAAAGGCCUGCCAAUGUCAACAAGAACCUCUUUUUUACAAGAAAACUGCAAGGAAUUAUCAGAUUCUGGGAAAGUAGUAUAUGCAGAACCAGUUGCUCAUGAAAUUUUAAAUAUUCUGAAAAACAUCCUAAUGCUCCUCAAACAUCAAGAAAAGAAGGCUCAGGGAUGUAAGAAUGAACCAGGCAUGGUUCUAACCAAGCCUUCUACUUCAUUAUCUCGACCUCACCUCAAAUUGAAUAAAGAAAUACAAGUAGAUGAUGAAAUGCUACGAAUUUCAGGGCCUGUUUGGCCGACAAUAUCAAAUGCAGGGGAAAUAGUACAUACAGAGCCAUUUGAUAAUGAUAUCACAAAAUGUGCUAAAAAAAGAAAACAACAUGUGCCUCAGGAAGAAGAGAGGGUCAGAGAAAAAGCAGUAGAUACAAGAGACAUGAUGCAUCCCACAGAUAUAACUUUGAAGGCAAAGAAAUCACCUCCUUCAAAAAUGCUCCAUAGAACAGAAGUGCAUCUGAACAUUAAAAUAAGGCAAGAAAAAAAGGAACAGGAAGGUCAAGGUAUUGUUCUAAGAAAAAUGUAUACUUCUAAGCCUUCUCCACCUAACCUUAAAUUGGAUAAAGUUACACAAAUAGAUGAAAAAAUGCUAGGAACUAGAAGAUCCUCUCUACUCCCACUAGCACUUCCAGCAUCAUCAGAUGCAGAGAAAAAAGUAGCUAUACAAGCAAUCGAUUGUGAAAUAAGAAAGGGAAACCAACAAAUGCUGCAGAAAGGAGAUAGGUACAAGGGGAAAACAGUAAAUAUGAGGCUCAGGAUGCAUUGCAAAGAUGCAAAGAUGUCACCAAAUUCACCCCUACUUAAUGCAAAGGAAUUUGUGUUGAAUAUUAAAAAAGCAGACAAAAAAGUGCAUGAAGGUAAAGGUGAACCAUGUGUGGUUCCAACAAAGACUUUUCUUUCCAUGCCAUCUGUACCUUCCUUUUAUAUGGAUUUGGGAAUACAAAUGGACAAAGACACAUCAGGAAUCACUGGGUCCUCUCUUCCACAGCAAAAUCUUCAGGAGUCAUCAGAUACCCAGAAACUAGCAAAGAGAAAGUCAGUUGGUGGUAAUAGUGAAAACUGUGUUAAAAAAGCAGAACAUUCUGCACCACACAAAGAGGCAGUGCAGCAAUAUAUCUCAAACUUCAAAAUCAGUAUACAGCAAAGAAAGGAACCUCCACAAGUCGAAUCAGAAGGAGAUCUGAAUGGAUUAGUCUUACCUUCACAGGAUGAAGACAUUUAUUUUACAGGAUUUGCUAUGAUAAGUAGUGAAAGUCUGGGGUGGGUCUUUCCAGAGCAAAAGUCUCAGCCAGAAAAACACAAACCAGAAACUUGUGUUGUUUCCUACACCGUAAUAGAUCCAGCUAUAAUUGGAAAUCUGAAGAAAGAAGCUAAAAUAAUGGAUAACUUAAACCAUAAAAUAAGGCCCAAGCUUUCAGUUUCUUGGUCAAGGAAAAUAUCCAAGGAAAAGCAUACCAUAUUUGGCACCCCUGUAAGUACACAAGGACAAGAAUCUUCUGUUUCAAAACGAAAUGCCCAGCACCAAGAAACUUUAUCAAAAGCAUUUCCAAAGUCUGUGGAUAUAUGUACAUUUGUUGAACCAAAGAAAGACGUACCAAGUAACAAUAAAAUAAGCACAACAUUUUCUCUCCAAGUGUUAACACCAGAGACAAGGGACUCAUCACAGAAAAUGAAUAUCCCAGAGUUGAAUACCCUCCAAAAUAGGGAAGUACAAGAAAUUUUUAUGAAAAAGCAGGUAUUGUGGGUGUCUGAAAGAGUACAUGACACCAGGCCAAAAUCUGUCCUUUCUCUUAACUUUCCACUUCAAAAUGGAAACACAACACCACUGGAAAUAAAUGUGGACAAGAAAACUACAGUGGAUCCCAGUGUACUGAUACUACCAGAAAUACAAGCAGAAAAUAAGAAGGUUGACGCAAAAAGAUGGGGAAAAGAGCAGGCAUUGCUUGUUUCAGAACAAGAGGACCAUGUUCCAGAAUCACUUCGGAAGUCUCUUUAUUCCCCCUUGACUUUUUCAUUUCAAUCUGGACAUCUGAAGGAACAGAAUAAAAUUGACACAAGCCCUACAAUAAAUCUGGAACAAAAAGUAUUAGGAAUAAGAGGGGGGAAAGAGCAGGCCUUGCUUGUUUCAGAACAAGAGGACCAUGUUCGAGAAUCACUUCAAAAGCCUCUUCAUUCCCCCUCAACUUUUUCACUUCAAUCUGGAGGUCGGAAGGAAGGGAUUAAAAUUGACACAAGCCCUACAAUCUAUCUGGAACAGAAACUAUUAGGAAUAAGAGAGGGGAAAGAGCAGGCAUUGAAUGUUUCAGAACUAGAGGAACAUGUUGGAGAAUCACUUCUAAAGUCUCUUCAUUCCCCCUCAACUUUUUCACUUCAAUCUGAAGAUCUGAAGGAACAGAAUAAAAUUGACACAAGCCCUAUGAUAAAUCUGGAAGAAAAAAUAUUAGAAAUAAGAAGGUGGAAAGAGCAGGCCUUGCAUAUUUCAGAACGAGAGGAACAUGUUCGAGAAUCACUUCCAAAGUCUUUUUAUUCCCCCUCGAUUUCUUCACUUCAAUCUCGAGAUCUGAAGGAACAGAGUAAGAUUGACACAAGCCCUACAAUAAAUCUGGAACAAAAAAUAUUAGGAAUAGGAGGGGAAAAAGAGCAGGCAUUGCUUGUUUCAGAACAAGAGGAACGUUUUCGAGAAUCAUUUCAGAAGUCUCUUUAUUCCCCCUUGACUUUUUCACUUCAAUCUGGAAAUCUGAAGGAACAGAAUAAAAUUGACACAAGCCCUAAGAUAAAUCCAGACCAAAAAAUAUUAGAAAUAAGAGGGGGGAAAGAGAAGGACUUUCAUGUUUCAGAACAAGAGGAACAUGUUCGAGAAUCACUUUGGAAGUCUCUUCAUUCCCCCUCGACUUUUUCACUUCAAUCUGGAGAUCUGAAGGAACAGAAUAAAAUCAACACAAGCCCUAUGAUAAAUCUGGACCAAAAAAUAUUAGAAAUAAGAAGGCGGAAAGAGAAGGACUUUCAUGUUUCAGAACAAGAGGAACAUGUUCGAGAAUCGCUUCCAAAGUCUCUUUAUUCCCCCUCGAUUUCUUCACUUCAAUCUCGAGAUCUGAAGGAACAGAGUAAGAUUGACACAAGCCCUACAAUAAAUCUGGAACAAAAAAUAUUAGGAAUGGGAGGGGGAAAAGAGCAGGCCUUGCAUGUUUCAGAACAAGAAAAACGUGUUCGACAAUCACUUCGGAAGACUCUUCAUUCCCCCUCGACUUUUUCACUUCAAUCUGGAGAUCUGAAGGAACAGAAUAAAAUCAACACAAGCCCUAUGAUAAAUCUGGACCAAAAAAUAUUAGAAAUAAGAGGGGGGAAAGAGCAGGCCUUGCAUGUUUCAGAAGAAGAGAAACGUGUUCGAGAAUCACUUUGGAAGUCUCUUCAUUCCCCCUCGACUUUUUCACUUCAAUCUGGAGAUCUGAAGGAACAGAAUAAAAUUGACACAAGCCCUACAAUAAAUCUGGACCAAAAAAUAUUAGAAAUGGGAGGGGGAAAAGAGAAUGCAUUGCUUGUUUCACAACAAGAGGAACGUUUUCAAGAAUCACUUCCAAAGUCUCUUUAUUCCCCCUUGACUUUUUCACUUCAAUCUGGAGAUCUGAAGGAACAGAAUAAAAUUGACACAAGCCCUGUGAUAAAUCUGGAACAAAAAAUAUUAGAAAUAAGAGAAGGGAAAGAGCAGACAUUGCUUGUUUCAGAACAAGAGGAACGUGUUCAAGAAUCAAUUCCGAAGACUCUUUAUUGUACCUCAACUUUUUCACUUCAGUCUGGAGAUCUAAAGGGAAAAAAUAAAAUUGACCCAAGCCCUACUGUAAAUCUUGAACCAAAAAAAUUAGAAAUAGACAAUAAUAGUACUAUGAAUCAGGAAGAAGGGAAAUUAAAAAUAGACAUUAACAGAACUCGAGAACUGAAAGAGGAAAAAACACAAACCCACAAGAACCAUACUGUGAAUCUUGAGAAAGAGACAAUAAAAAUGGACAUAAGUAAUACUGUAAAUAUGGAUGCGCUGUCUCUGAUGGCAGAGGGACCUCAAAUUGAGGCUCGGGUAAUCACGAGUAUAACAGGUCACUGCCCAAUCAAGCAAAAACACAAAAAAGACGUGAAAGUGUCUAGGUCAAAACAAAACACUCAGCUACAAAAUAAUUUUCAAAGGAAUGCUUGGGAUUCAUUUUAUGCCUAUAUUCCUCUUUCUCCCAAAUUUGAAGGCAAGAAAGGAAGAUUAACAAUAACAGAUUUGAAAAGUGAAUUGAGUCCCAAAUAUUUAACUGUGAAAGCCCCAAAUCACCCCGUUCCACAGAUACUUAGUAUCGCAGGAUGUGGUACUCCAAGCAAUAGAAAGAAAUUUGCAUAUGACAAACAAAAGAAAAUUUUACUGAGUAAAGAUGCCUCAGGGAUAUAUAUCAGAAGUCUUUCUAUUUCCACAAUGAGUCCACCUCAAACUGAAGAAACAGUAAAAUCCCAGGCAAGCCCCGAAAGAGUAAGAAUCGAUCUUUCUAAAUUCCAGGAGGAGUCGCCUAAUGCUAGUGAAGUUAAGGGGGAUGUCUCAAGCACUGUAACAGCAAUUCCACAAGAACUUACAAAACCAGUUCCACAAGACACCCAACCCUUUGUGGCUGAUGAGCAACAAAUGAAGAAACUUCUUAGAGUCAACUCAGAAGCGAACCUUAGCAGUGAAAUAAAUGAAAAAAAAUUAACUCCUCAACCGAAAGAAAUGAUUGUCACAGGGCAUGAUGCCUCAAGGAUUAUAAAAGAACCUGACUUGCAUAUUUCUGAGCAAGAAGAAAAUGUACCAGAACCCAUUCUCACACCCACAAAGCAUCCAUUUUUGUCUGAAGAUCCAAAGGAAAAUGUGGAAGCACACAUGGAAAGCAACAUAAAUAUGAAUAUCCUACCUCUAAGGGUAGAGAAAACACAAUGUGGGAUUCAGCUAUUUGAUACCACAGAGUGUGCUUCAGCAUCUGAGCAAGGGGAUCAGAAUGAACCAGUACAGGAUAAAACCACACAAAAUGUCCAGCAACAGAAAGCUUUACCAGAAACUGUUCCCAAAUCUCUCUGGGUCCCUAGGCCCGUACCACCCCACAUUAAAAGCAAAAUAAUAAAAAUAGUGGAUAGUACAAGUACAGAAAGUUCACUUCCUGUUUAUGAAGAAAUUAAACAUGUCCUUGAAUCCCCUCUAAAAAAUACAAUGACUGAAAGGAACAAAAAAUGUGCAAGCCAAAGAGACAAGCCUCUAGAAAUACAAUCAUUCACUUUUGUUAUGAUCCAAGACAAACUUUCUGCUGAUAAAAUGGAAAAUGUACAAGCUAAUACAUAUAACUUGAAGUCACCACCUUUUGCAGAGGGUCCAGAUAUAAUUACAAUACAUCCCAAAUUGCAGCGGAAACCGUUUUUAGAUGAUUUUACUACUGAAGAAAAAAGUAAGCUCAGUAAUCACUUAGAGUCAAAAGCACUUGAAAUAAAAUUGAACCUGAUACCAGAAAUAGCAAACAAAUCCUUCCCAAAACAGCCCAUUUUAGAUGAAGAUAACAGUUGGAGGCUGAAUCCAAGAGAUAAAAAAGUAUGCUCUAUGUCUCUAGAAGGGAUUGAUACUGUAGAACUUAACUUAAAACACAAAUACCAAGAAGAUUCACCUCCUAUUGGCAGUGUGAAGACACUGAUUGUGAAUGUUUCAAGUAGCAAUGCCGAGAUCAUUACAAAAUUAAAGAGUGUUAAUAAGCUGGCUUUAAGUGGAACAUCUUCACUGAUUUCUGCCAAUAAUAAGAUGUCAUUGCCGCAUAUUCUCCAGAACUACACAGUAGAAGAAAAAGACAAACUUUUCAUGCACCUUUCUAUGAAAACAUUGGAGAUUCAAAUGAAAACGUUUCCCAGAAUUGUUAGAGAAUCCUAUGCCAUAGCCAGUGCUCAAGAGAGAAGGGAACCUUUAUCUACAUGUAUUCAUUCUGGUGUCAGAGUACCAAAACGAAGAAACAACAUUUUGUUAUUUUUUGAGGAAAAAUCUCUUCACCAAAUAGAUCUUGAUUUACAAUACAAAUACCUUCGUUUUCUCCUGGGGUUUCCUGUUGCAAGUGAGCUCCCUAAGCCAAAUGCAAUUUCCAAACAUGAUCUGAAAUUAAACACAAGUGCAGUAUGUAAAAAAGUAGAUGAUGUUGGAGGAAGCUGUGGUCUUCCCAUUGAUACAGAACAGCGUAUCUCUUUCAAAAAGCAAAGUCCUCAUGAAAGCUCAUCACUGAACAGAAAAUUCCUGGAGCCAACCCCUGUGGGUGCUUCUGACCUUGAUGGAAACAGCACGAUGCUGAAAGAUACUAGUGUUCUUCCUGAGGUAAAAUCUCAUCUGACUCCAAAAAAAGAUAAAGAAAAUCAUGUACGUUUUCAACAACCAAAUACACAUAAAUCUCUUGACAUAAAGAUUCAGGAAGAUGCUGUUCAUUUAGUUGAUGCACUUUCAGUUCAAAUUUCUGAAGAAUUUACUGAUAUACAGACCAACAUGGAGAGUCCAACUAACUUGGAAGAAGAUGAGGAUGAGGAAUAUAUAUUUUUAGAAGCCAACCCUUACUUGAGUCAGCAAUCGCAAAGAAUUCCGUUUGAAUUACAGAAAGGCAUUCCUUUGGAAAAUCUCCACAAGAGGAGAAUAAGCAAAACUGGUGGGAAACAACUUUAUAAUGAAGAUUCAGCUUCCCAUAACAGUAGGAGAGGUAGAAAACAUACCUUAAUUAUGAUACCACCUUCUUAUAAAUCCCACAAACAUAGAAAAAAUCGAUCAUCCCCCAAAGCACAGUCUCCUGACUGGUUGUGUCAUAGUUCACUAAAUAAUACAGAAAUUCAAUCUGGGUCAUCUUCUGUAUCAUUCAGUGAAGAGAAACUUUCAGGGACUAUAAGGAGCAAAACAAAUUAUUCUUCAGCUCCCUUAACGGAGUCAAAUAUCAAAUUGCAUCCUGCGAACAACCAAGGCAAAACUUGCAUGCAUCUAGAAAGCAAAGAAAGAAAGAAGCCCACAUUUGAUGUAUUCACAAAGAACAACCUUCAUUUGGACGAUGAUUACAGUGAUACACCAAGUAAAAAGAAACAGUCAAGAAAGAAGAAAGUAUAUGAUUAUGAGUCAGGAAGAUCAGAACAGUAUUUCCAAAGCAGACAUAAGUCAUCAUCAAAACCUCAUCAUGAGGAUGUCAGUUUCUAUUCUUCAAGAAAAUCAAACCAGCCAUUUUUUUAUGCCUGUGUACCAGCAGACUCACUGGAGGUCAUACCCAAAACCAUUCGCUGGACUAUUCCUACUGAAACCUUAAGGAAGAAAAAUUUUAAAAUUCCCCUGGUGGCAAAGAUGUCAAGUUCCUGGAAUAUAUGGAGCUCCCCCAAGAAGUUUUUGGAGUCACUCUCAGAGUCCUUAAAGUUAAGGCCAAUUCCUGAAAAGUGAUAUUACCAUAUCUAGAUUCCUUUUAAGUGGAAAAUGGUCGCUGUUGUGAUAUUCUUGAAAAAUAAAAUACU